GUCCCGAAUGAUUUCUUUGCUCCUCUUGCAUCAAUUGUAAUUACUAUUUUGUGCUCAAACAACCAAACUAACAGUCAUCAUGCCUGUGGAUGCUGCAGUUCUCGAAAAAUUAGAAGCUGGCUUCAAGAAACUCCAGGAAGCCAAAGAUUGCAAAUCAUUGCUGAAACAAUGUUUGACAAAAGAAAUGUUCGAUGAACUGAAGAACCGUCAAACUGCAAUGGGUGCCACUCUUUUAGAUAUUAUCCAAUCAGGUGUUGAGAAUUUGGACAGUGGCGUCGGUAUAUACGCUCCUGAUGCCGAAUCCUACAGCUUAUUUGCACCACUUUUUGACUCUGUCAUCGAAGCUUAUCACGCUGGUUUCAAAUCCACCGACAAGCAUCCCGCCACUGACUUUGGUGAUAUCAACACUUUGGUCGACCUCGACCCAACCAACGAAUUUGUUAUUUCAACUAGAGUACGAUGCGGGAGGAGUCUGCAAGGUUAUCCCUUCAACCCCUGCUUGACCGAAGCACAAUACAAAGAGAUGGAAGAAAAGGUUAGCAGCACCCUUUCCAGCAUGGAAGGUGAACUGAAGGGUAAAUACUAUCCAUUGACUGGAAUGGACAAAGCCACUCAACAACAAUUGAUCGACGAUCACUUCUUGUUCAAGGAGGGAGAUAGGUAAAUAUAAGUU